AUGGGCAACGGUGAUUGGGACCGAAGGGGAGUCUCUCCGUCACUGUUGCUGGGACGCGUGCCUGUGCUGGUGUCUUAG